GAAAAAAAAAAAUACACAGCAAGAGAGACGGAGGAGAGAGGCGAAGCCGGAGCUGAGCCGCCUUGUAUCCGCCGGCAUCCUGCGCACCGAGCACCCGCCCCGACCCCGGCAGCACACCGGCAUCACCCCCGCAGAGCGCUCCACCAGAACAGGCAGAUCGGGAGAAGUGCAGAGAAAAAUUUCCCUACUAGAUGACAUUUCAUCGCAAUGUCCGAUCGUUUGGGGCAGAUAUCCAAGGGAAAGGAUGGGAAAAGCAAGUACUCGUCUCUCAACCUGUUUGACAAGUAUAAAGGGAAGUCAAUAGAAGCUGUCAGAACCACAGUUAUACCUAGACAUGGCUUACAGAGUCUUGGGAAAGUUGCCGCUGCUCGGCGUAUGCCCCCCCCUGCAAACCUGCCAAGCCUGAAAUCUGAGAACAAAGGAAACGACCCCAAUAUUAUUAUAGUGCCCAAAGACGGAACAGGAUGGGCAAACAAACAAGAGCAUCCAGACCAAAAGAGUUCCAGUGUGACAGCUCCUCAGCAGCCGGAGUCGCUGCCGCAGCAGGGUUUGCCGAAAUCUGUCUCCAGUUUACAGAAACCGACCACAGUGAACGGUUCGGAGAAUAUAAGUUUAGUGCCAGGUGGACCAAAGUCAUGGGCUCAGCUGAACGGAAAGCCAGCAGGACACGAAGGUGGUUCAAGGGGCUCAAACCGACUGUUGUCCUUCUCUCCCGAGGAAUUUCCAACGCUGAAAGCAGCUGGCGAGCAAGACAAGGCUGGCAAAGAAAAGAGCGGCUUAGAUCCGUCGUAUGGGCCCGGACCAAGCCUCCGCCCCCAGAGUAAGCCCCUCGCCCUGCUUCCCGAUGUCACCAGUUGGAGGGAGGGCGGUGGGAGAAGCAUCACCGGUGGCGUCUCUCCAACCGUCUCUCCUACUGAGCCGGGCACCAAAUCCACUGCUCCUGCAGAUAGUGCCCCCUCCACAGUGCAAGCUAGUAGUGACCCUAAGGAGCUCUCGCUGCGCCCGGCUCAGCCCACCAGAAAAGGGGCUUCACCGUUCAUGGGAAACACCUACCAUCCACCUACAUACCAUGAUAUGCUGCCAGCUUUUAUGUGCUCUCAGCACUCUGCAGAACCCACUGGGACAUUGGAUCGAGCUUCCUUCCCCGUCCUUUCCUCUCAAUCUCGCCUUGAACCUCGCGUACCCUUUAGACAAUAUCAGAUGAACAGUCAGGAUGGCAGAAAAGAGAUCAGGCCUAGCGGUGGCGGUUUACGGCCUGUGCGGUCACAGCGCCCUCAACCGGAGAGGGCUCCGCGAGCCACCAUUAUAAACGCAGAAGAUCUUAAAGAACUGGAUGACCUGGACAAUGACGCUGAAGACGGCUGGGCUGGCAUUCACGAUGAAGUGGAUUAUUCUGAGAAACUAAAAUUUAGUGAAGAUGAGGAGGAAGAAGAAGCCCCGAGAGACAGAAGUAAAUGGAUUGGCUGGGAGUGCCGGAGGCAGCGCCAAGUUUCCUUUAAUUCUACUGAAGGCACCGAAGCCAAACACCCUGCAGAGGAUGGGACAGUAUGGGGCGAUCAAGUGGCACAUCCACGCCCAACCAGAAGGGGGCAGGAAGCUGUGCAGACCACUCCACGGAAAGCCAACAGCUGGGCCGCAGUAGCUGAACACCCGAAGCCCUCGGCAGUCCCUGUAUUGCGGCAGCCUUCUGUUGAGGAGAAGGAAGAGAAAGCUCCUCCAAGGCAGAAGUUCGUUACCUCUGAAAUAUCAGAAGCGGUUGAACGAGCUCGUAAGCGACGCGAGGAGGAAGAGCGCCGGAAUCGUGAAGAACGGUUAGCGGCUUGUGCUGCAAAGCUAAAACAGCUGGACCAGAAGACCAAACAGGCUUCUAAAUCUGGUGCCGAGACUCCGAAGCGAAUGGAAAACAAAGAGAACGAAGACCCCAGAUCUCCAGUGUCAGACCGAAGCAUUUCUCAGGAGAACGCCCAGAAUUUCCGAAGAGAUUAUUCCCAGGAAUCUCCCUCCGAGUAUAUAGAGGAGGAGCCUCCUGCAGCCCCCAGAGCUGAGAGCAGCAGUGAAGAUGACUGCAGAGAGUCUGCGUCUCCAGUGCAGGAUUUCAGCAAGCACCAGAAGCUGAUGCCACCGAGGUUCCAGAGGCAGCAACAGGAGCAGUUAUACAAGAUGCAGCAGUGGCAGCAGCAAGCUUAUGUGGCGUCUACCCACUCCAACCACCCGCGCACCUUCUACUCCCAUCCCCCCCAGGUGUUGGGGUUUGAUCCUCGCUGGAUGAUGAUGCCUUCCUAUAUGGAUCCCCGGAUUCCUCCCGGUCGUGCUGCUGUAGAUUUCUAUCCUUCUUCCAUACAUCCACCAGGUGUGAUGAAACAUAUUAUCCAGCAAGAAGCUGUCGGUGGAGGCUGCCAGCCAGAGGAUUGCCAGCCGUCAGAACGCAGCCCUCAGUCUGAACCGGUGUCUGGAUGGAGCCAGGAGAGUUACAUGCACUUGCAGAGCAAAGCCUAUGCCCUGCCGCAGCAGAAGCCGAUGGACGGUGCUGCGGACGGCUGUUACAGCAGGAAUGAGAACUCUUACUGCUCCGUAAGGGAGAGGUCCGAUGCUGUCCAUGCCCACCAAGAGUCUUUAGAUGAGAGGGGCGAGGAAUAUCUUAUUGGAAAUUAUGAGAAGACUGCGGACAGCUCCUACCAUCAUCUGGAGAGUGUGGCGGACUCUGGUGUCAUUGGGGGGCCGCAAAGCAGUGCGCAGUGCAAGCCGUCAGAGUUUAUGAAUGACAAGAAGCCACAGUUUAAUGGUUGGGGUUAUGGGCAUCAUCAGAAGUCUUCUGAUACGGCUAGUAGUGCAGAAGAGGAGCCUAAAGAAGAGCUUAAUGUGGUCCCUGAGGCAUGGAAAAGGGAAGAGCAAGGAGGUCAGGACUCUACUGGUGGAGCAGACUGGAGGAACGAGUCCGUUCCCAACUCUAACCAACCACACUCUGAAAGCCUGGGAAGGAGUCGCCGGACCGGUCCUAUAAAAAAACCAAUACUGAAAGCUCUUAAGGUGGAGGAGAAGGAACUAGAGAAAAGCAAACCCGAAACUAAGGAGCCCGUGAAAACCAUGAAGGAAAAGCUGCUCUCAAAGCUAGACAGUGAGCCAAAAGUGGAGCCUGCGCCAAUAAGCUCCUCCUCUAGCGCUCAGGUCGAGGAAAAAACCCAACUUGGAUUUGAAGAGUCAGAAAAAGUUCCCCAGGAGAAGGUUGAAAAAAGUUGGGGCACAAAGACAUCUGCUCCUCGUGAGUCUAACUCUGUUCCUCAAACCAAAAAGAGCAACUGGAUAUUUAUUGAUGAGGAGCAGGCUUUUGGGGGUAGAACCCGAGGCAGAGGAAGAGGGUUCAGAGACUUCAAUUUACGAGGCCGAGGUUCUGCUGGCCCUUAUAAUGGUCAGAGGGUCAACCGAGGCCGAGGGCUUCGAGAAUUUAACCCCACUGAGGAUUUUCGAAAUAGGUUCUCCCGGCGGCGGGGUGUUAGUGAAACCCACAGUGAAGGGUCUGAAUAUGAGGAGCUACCCAAACGUAGACGCCAGCGUGGGGCAGAGAACGAAGCCCUUAUUGAAAGAGAAGCUGAUGACACGAGAAGAGGAGACUUCCAAGAUUCUUGGCGAUCCAAUAGAAAUUACUCGGAUGAUUUAAAUAGUAUAGACUCUAAAUCCAGGGCCCCGAGGGCAUUUGGAAGAUCGCUUCCUCCCAGGCUUAGUAACAGUUACAGCAGACGGCCAUUCCCCUCUAAGGAGUCUUCACACUGGAACGCUAAGUCUGGAGGGUCUAAUUGGCAAGAGUACAAUGGAUCAUCAGAACCAUAUGGAACACGGCACAGUGGCGACAGAGAGCAUGGCAGUGACUACAACUACACUGACUCCCUCCAUCAUAGGAGAGGCUUCGAUGAAACCCAAGGAGAUGACAGGCGGCCGUUAUUCCAAGAUGAAUAUUCGGAUCGGGAGAGUUUGGACAAAAGAUCAUUUGUUAGAAGACGACCGCCUCGUCAAGAUAAACCCCCAAGAUUUCGGCGUCUCAGGCAGGAAAGGGAAACUGCCGGGCCCUGGAGUGGGGAAGAGGUGGGCGGCUAUGUGAACAAUCAUGAGCACUGGCAGGCCCGUCCAAAGAUGACCUUUCAUGAGAGACCCGGGCCACCUGCCAGAAGAUCUCCAGAUCGUCCCUACCACAACUCCGACCACGUGAACGAGGAUUGGGAAACUGCAUCUGAGAGCAGCGACUUCAGCGAGAAGCGGCCAGGAGAGGCGGACGGAGACGGAAACCUUUCUGGAAACGGCUUCUCUGAGAAAAGAGAACUGUCUAAAAGGAGCUUCUCCAGCCAGAGACCUCUGGUAGACCGACGCAAGGUGGAAACCUCUGGAUAUGAUGAGAGGCCACCAAGGGUCGGAGGGAAUCCUCGUGACUACCAGCAAAACUCCACCUCUGCCAAGACUAGUCGCUGUUCUGAAGAUUCUUAUACGCAAGAUGGCAACCACCACAGAUACAGGUUAGAAAGGUCUGCUCAGUGUGACAGCGGAGAGGCUUCAGGCAAGAGCUUGGAGCGGGAUUCCAGGCCGGCAGGGCUCAAAACGGGCGAGAAGUCUGAAGCCAUGACUGCUUUUGAUCUGAAAUACGGAGACUCCGCUAUUGAGGAGGACGCCGAGGCAGCAGCAGAGUCCUAUUCCGACAUGACCAAUAAGCCCCGACGAGCUCUGGACAAAGAUCGCAGGAAAAAGGAUCAGAUGGUUCAGGUGACUACCAAGAACAGCAGCCUACAAUCUAGGAUUCCUCCUCGUUUCGCCAAAAAGCAGAACGGCAUGUGCCUGGACCAGACUGAGGUUCCUGGUAAAGAGAUCUGGGAGAGCAGCCCUCAAGGUAUCUCCGUUCAGACCGGCAGUGAUACUUGGAGCAAGCCUGGCAGCAGCUUCAGUACAGAGUCUGCCUCCUCAGAGGGUUUCAAAGGCAGCCAGGGCGACAGUGGCAUUGACCUGAGCGCUGAAUCCAGAGAAUCGUCUGCCACUUCCUCACAGCGUAGUUCUCCAUAUGGGACAAUGAAACCAGAGGAGCUGAAUGGCGCAGUCAUGGAGUCAAAAUCUGACUGCCCUAAAGAGCAGGGUCAGAAACAGUCAGAAAAGAAGGAGCCAGACUCCGGGCUGGGAAUGAACAAGGAGCACAAACCCGGUCCCAUUGGCAAUGAGCGCUCGCUAAAGAACCGGAAAGGUUCAGAAGGGGCAGAGCGAUUAGAGGGCAGUGUGCCUCCGGUUAAUGGCGUUGAGAUCCACGUGGAUUCUGUUCUUCCUGUUCCUAAUAUUGAAUUUGGAGUAAGCCCGAAAGAUGCGGAUUACUCUUUACCCCCUGGAUCUGCUCCUGGACCUGCUGCUAGCUCCGUUGUGAAGCUUCAGGACGCCCUAGUGAACAAGGUGAGGAAUGAAAAAAAAUCCUCUCGUUAUCUCCCAAUUCUAUUCAGAUGCCCCUCAGAUCCACAGCACAUCACAAUACACGUUUCGAAUGUGACAUCCGCAUGUAGCGACAAAAGGAGUGCCUCAGAUCCGGCUGGUCUGUCACAGUCCAUCCCCAUCCUGAGAAGAGAUCAUCACCUGCAGCAAGGGAUGGGACUAACCCCCAUGUCAUACCCCACUGCCGACCUUACACUGAAGAUGGAGUCUGCCCGCAAGGCCUGGGAAAACUCGCCCAGUUUGCCAGAACAGAGUUCUCCGGCCGGACCUGGCUCAGGUAUACAGCCACCCUCCAGUGUUGGAACGUCAACAGGUGUCAAUUACAGCUCAUUUGGUGGAGUGUCAAUGCCACCCAUGCCCGUUGCCUCCGUGGCCCCUUCAGCAUCUCUUCCAGGUAACCACAUUCCCCCUCUCUACCUGGAAAGUCACAUGUUCGCAGGGCAGCCGCGCCUGGUCCAGCAGACGAUGCCUCAGCAGCAGGGAUACCAGCAGGCUGCAGCCGCCCAGCAGAUCCCUAUGUCCCUGCACACGUCGCUGCAAGCCCAGGCUCAGCUGAGUAUGAGGGGAGGACUACCCGUCUCCCAGUCACAGGAAAUGUACAGCUCCAUGCAGCCGUUUAGGUCCCAGGUGUACAUGCACCCCAGCUUGUCACAGGCCAGUGCUAUGGUUCUGACCAGUGGCACUGGUCUCAAGGCUCAGUACUCGCCAUUUCCAGGAAUGCAGCCUCUGGAGAUGGUGAAGACGCAGGCGGCAUCCCCUUAUCAGCCUCUGAGUGGAAGUCAGCAGCUGAUGUAUGAAAGUCAGCUGAACCAGGCAGCCGGGAUGAUGGACUCCCCCCUCACACAGUUAACCAUGCCAAUGGCCGGCUCUCAGCUUGGGAUGCCUCGGUAUAGCUCCGGACAGCAGCCAAUGCUUCUGCCGCAGUCCAUUCAGAUCCCACAGGGACAGAACAUGCCGGUGGGCGGCCCGCGGAGGAUGCAGCCUUCAGUCCUGACAGCAGGUCGAGAGUUUCCUCCUCAGUCGUCUCAGAUGGAGAUGAAGGGAUUUCAUUUCACAGAAGGCAAGCAGAGUAUGCAGACCGCAGCCUCUCUGCAAGCACAGCACUCAUACCGGCCAGCUUCAGCUAGUCCCAGUGGAAAGUCACCAGGAGCGGGGCCAUCUGCCAACUUGGGACACUAUCCUCAACAGCAGGUAAAGCCGAGGACUGACGAGAAGUGCGGCCUGGUUUCCCCUAAACUUCCUGACGCCCCCACUGCAAGUCAGAUGAAGCCGGUUCGGACAGGGGCCAUCAAGACUUCAGUGGCGAAAAUGGAGGAGAGCGCGGCCUGAGAAGCGGUUCCCAUUUUUAUUUUAUUUUUUUGUAAAUACCUACUUCUUCGCGCCUCUCACGCAUCUCGUUUUCCUCCUGCUCCUUGUUUGGAUUCUUCCUUGGUGGAGCGCGACCUUCCUUCCCUCCACAGUCACAUGUACAGGCGGACAGCGACCCCUCCGAGAACUGUUUGAAAAAAAAAAAAAAGAAGAAGAGAAAAAUAAGUUAAAAACCCGACUACCUGUAUCUGCAUCCAUGAGUUUGCUGAAUGGACUCCUGCGUUGAUACGGGAGCGUCUUAAGCCCUUUGCUGCCCCUCCCCCUUCUUUCAUCAUGUGACCACACAGUCCGUUAUUUGUUGGCGUCUCAUGUCCCCCGCUUCCAUGUCGUCGCUGACACGCAGCAGCGGAUUCGUGUCACUUGUUUCUUACGUUUGUUUUUAAAUGACCCUUUUCAUAACCUUAUGUAUAUUUAAUAUAUAUUUUUUUUUUUCAUCCUAUGCACAUAUAUAUAUAGUUUGACUUUUAACCCCUUCCUUGUAUUCGGAUCUGUCCAGUGGGGGGUGGGAUUUAAGUAGAAUGCGGCAUAUUGGCAAAUUUUAGGUUGAAAAGCAUUGGUUAUCACUAAAGCAAACUUCAUGGAUCUUCUGACUCCACAUUAGCACAUUGCUGGGCGGGGCAUGACAAAGGGAUUGUUUGUCAUGCCCCGCCCCCUCAGUUCCUACUCUAGAUAAAUGGCGAAUCUGCUUCACCCAGUACACUGCUUUAAGUGCAAUUCCAAGCCGUUUGCCCCCUUGGUUUUCCAAAGUGGAUCUCCAGUGGCUGCAAAACUACAACUCGACGUGCAGAGACUUUUAGAUUUGCUCCAGGCUGGACACCACCUCAAACACACACAGGCUGAAAAUGUCGCCAGUCCAGCGUCAUCACCAUGGACUAGGUAACACAGGGUAUCGCAGCGUUCCCUGGAGACUACCGUAUAUUAAAGGUGGUUUUACUUUCUUCCAAAAAAACAGCGCCCCACCUGUCCACAGGUUGAAUGUUGUAUUGCAGUCACCUUGCAAUACCAGACCCAACCUAUAGAGGGGUGCGGGGCUGAUAUUGGAAGAAGGCAGCCAUAUCUUUCAUAUCCUGAACAACCCCUUUAACGGACAAUCCAAAAAUGCAGUAUAUGGCGCAUGAGUGAGUGAACGGUGUAAGGUCUCGUGGGUCGACAGGUGCACGGUCUGGCCCUUUAACCUCCCGCACCCCUUUGGGUCGCUCAGUUUUUCUCUCAGCUUUGUUCUGAUUGGAUCCGGUUACUCCAGAGAAGUCGUGGAGCGAAGCUUUAGCAUCUAGAAAAUUCACAGACUGAACGGCUGUUUUGUGCCAGUUGAUUUGUGGCAGCCUUGGUAGGGACUAGUGCGGUUAUAUUCAACUAUCAUGAGGAACAUUCUCUGCAUUGAGCUGUGCCUCUAUCCCAGAGGGAGGUGUUAAUAUUUUUGCAGUUCUAAUGAAUUUGGUACAAUUAUUAUUAUUUUUUUUUCCUGUUGGUUAUUUUGUGUAAUUAGAGUGCACCAUGCCAGACUUGGAAGACUAUAAUCCCCAUCAUCCCUAUCCUGUCUUUUACAAAUAGUGUGUUAUAGGGAGAUUGAUGGUGCAGAUGCGGAACGGGCAGCUGGUUCCGUUAUUUGCCUGUACCAUAUAUCUGAGCAGAAUCUAUUCCCGUGCCCCACGUCCCCUUUCAAACAGCACUUACCCCCUGGAUGAUUAGUCUCCUUUACAGGUUAGAGUAUUGGCUCGAUAUAAUGGCCCCCCCCCCCCUCCCCUCCCCUUAAUAAACCUUCAAGUUCUGUAAGUUUCUAUUCCUAACAGUUUUUAAGAUCUCUGCUUGCAGUCAGCGAUUUAAUGUUCGUGUCCUUGCCCAGUCCUACUCCCGCAGCUUGUUCCGGCAGAAACCUCUGUCCCGAGCCAUGCAGCAGUGAGCGGGACUGGGUCUGUAUUGGUUUGCGUUUGCUGACAGCAAGCAGAGAUGCUGAAAGCUGUGAGGCAAGUAUGUUCUAAAGGUCCAUGUCAUGUAUAUUAUAUAGGAGCGUAAGUCAGCUUCUACCCCCCCAUUUACAUCUAAUCCUGUUUCUUGCAGGCCCGGUCCCGGACCCCUCCAGUUGCUUUCCAAUAACCUCUGGUAGGAAUCUACUGAAUGCGAACCUUGUGAGUUCUUAGGCUCCUUUUAGACGUUUUGUUGUAGCCUCCAAGUUCCCCCCCACCAAGGACCAUCUGUUCAGUCAAUAUUCUGGGUAUAAAGGGCUAAACCUUACAUGUUGGUACCGCAGGGGCGGGCCCAGUACUAAAGGGAACCACCCCCGCUUUUGCAGUCUUAAAGGGGAUAGGAGGAGAGACUGCGUGCUGAGACCUUGACCCAUAUCCAAAGAGAGUGGACAGACCCCUCGGCGAUUAGUUGUAUCGGCAUACUAUUCACCCCUCUCCGGUUUCCACAUGGCCUUCAUCCUCCCGUUUCCUGGCUCGAUAUACAGAUCUUAGUCUGGUUGUGUAUAUAUACCGUGUACAGUGUGUAUGUAGUAGCAAAUUGAAUACUAUUUGAACCAGCUUUACCUUGCUUCCGGUUUAGUCUGCACUAUGUCUUUGUAUAUAUUCCUCCUCAUUGGCGGUUGACGCGGCCCCUAGUUUAUUGUUUUGGGGUUUACACUGCGCGCCGACAUGCAGCUGUUGCACCCGUUCUUGUUGUUUUUUUUUUUUUUCUUUCUUUUUAAAAAAAAGGGCAUUUGUGAUGUCACUGUAAAAGUUUGAGUGACGCGGAGCGAGGUCACUGGGGGAGUUUGUCAGUGACAUCACAAGCCCUCACUUAAUGGCUCCUCCCCUUCUCCGCAGGUGAAGGGGUGUACGCUUUGACGUCAUUGAUCUGCAGUCACAUAUCCUAUCGUUUUACCACAAAAGGUGAAGGUUUGUACACGGGGGGUGGGGGCCCGCAGUGCGAAUACCAGUGGAUCGCUCCCUCCGCCUAGCGCUACCCAAUACAGAGUCCGCAGUAGAUCGUGGGGGGGAGGGGAGGGGGUGACUGAGUCCAAGGGUUUUAUAUUUUUUUAAAGAUAUAUUAAGAGGAAUCUUUUUAAAUGACCCAAAAAUUACAGAGGAUAAAACCUCCCGACCGCCCCCCCCCCCCCCCUGCCUGGUGUCAGACGAGCGCCCCUCCCCCGAUUCCCAUUACAUUUUCUCUGUCGCCCUCCUUUAAACGAUGUGAUUGUACUAGCUCCUAUCAUCUGGAAGAAUUCUCAUUCAAAUAAUGAAAAAAAAAGUGUAAAAAAAAUAAUAAUAAUAAAGCAAACUCUGCUUUUUCUCA